AUGCCUGCGACACAGCCCCCCUUCAAGGUCAUCAUCGUUGGUGGCUCUGUCGCGGGUCUCACGCUCGCUCAUUGUCUACAACAUGCAAAUAUCGAGCAUGUCGUCCUUGAGAAGGGCAGUGACAUUGCUCCGCAGAUGGGUGCCUCUGUGGGUAUCAUGCCGAAUGGAGGCCGUAUUCUUGCUCAGUUAAAUCUUUUCGAUGCCAUCGAGCAGUACAUUGAGCCUACGCACAAAGCUCAUAUUACCUAUCCUGACGGGUUCAACUUCGCCAAUGUCUAUCCCAAAAUCCUACAUGAGAGAUUCGGAUACCCCAUUGCCUUCCUAGAUCGUCAAAAGUUCCUCCAGAUCUUGUACGAAAAAUACCACGCCAAACAUAACAUCCUCACCAAUAAGAAAGUCGUUCAAGUACGAAAGGUCGAUCAAGGCCUUCGCGUGACAGCGGCUGACGGCUCGAUAUAUGAGGGGAAUCUUGUCAUUGGUGCCGAUGGCGUCCACACUAUGACGGUCCAAUAUUCCUGCGUCUUUGGAAUCUCGUCACGUAUCCAGAAUCUCGAGGUUCAUGAACAGAUCAACGGACUUUUUGAUCAUCUAUCCAUCCUCACCAUACAUGGCAAGAAAGGUCGGGUAUUCUGGUUCAUCAUCACGAAGCUUCAACAGAAGUAUAUCUAUCCCGACGUUCCACGAUUCUCAGACAAAGACGCUGCCAAGCUCAUCGUCAAGUUGAAACAUGUGCGGUUCUUCAAGGACGUCUGCGUGGGGGAUCUAUGGAAGAAUAAAGAAGUGUACUCCAUGACUGCACUAGAGGAAGGCUUGUUCAGGACCUGGUUUUUUGAGCGUAUGGUUCUCAUGGGCGACAGUGUUCACAAGAUGACACCCAACUUUGGUCAAGGGGCCAACUGUGCCAUUGAAGAUGCUGCAACCUUGUCUUCGCUGCUGCACGACCUCAUCAAUGCGCGUGGUGUGCAAAACCCGUCCGAUGCGGAUAUCCAGGAUCUUCUUUCGAAAUAUACAGAGAUUCGGUAUAGCCGGAUGAAGAUGAUGUGCAAGACAUCGGCAGGAGUCUGUCGCACCCAGGCUCGGGAUGGUCUCUACAGGACCUUUAGUGGUCGAUACCUGAUACCUUACUCAAGGAACUUGCCAGCCGAUUUGGCGUCAGAGGUCAUGGCAGACGCGGAAACGAUCACUUUUCUGUCAUGCCCUAACCGAGCAGCACUGGGUUGGCAGACGUGGGGAAAGCAAGCCCGAAGAAUGGCCCACAUUCACAAACUUAUCUGGUUCAUGGUCUUACUCUCGCUGGGACUGUUCUGUUAUUGGCUCUCAGGAAGAUAA